GUUACACUCACGUGGCUCCGUAGGCUGAGCCGCCGGUCGGUCACAUGAUCGGCUGCCCGCCGCCGACUGCCGGUACCUGCGCUCCGCGGCUCCCGCGCCGGGAUGCGGCCGCUCUGCGGUUUCCUGGGGCUGCUCGGGGCCGCUUCUUGCGGCCUCUACCUGCUGUCGGCGCGGCUGCACCCGGGGGGCCCGCUCGGGGCCAGCAGGUCACUCAAGUUCCCAUCAGACUUGGAGGAGCUGCGAGAGCUUUCAGAGUUUCUACAGUACUAUAAGCAAGAGCACCAGAGCUAUGUGUUGCUGCUGUUCUGUGCUGCCUACCUCUACAAGCAGUCCUUCGCCAUCCCCGGCUCCAGCUUUCUGAACAUCCUCGCUGGGGCUCUGUUUGGACCAUGGAUGGGGCUCUUGCUGUGCUCUGCUUUGACUUCUGUGGGUGCCACCUGCUGUUACCUGCUCUCCAGGGCCUUUGGGAAACAGUUCGUAGUCUACUGGUUUCCUGAUAAAGUGGCCAUGCUGCAAAGAAAGGUGGAGGAGAACAGAAGCUGCUUAUUUUUCUUCUUGUUGUUUCUGAGACUUUUCCCCAUGACCCCAAACUGGUUUCUGAACCUGGCGUCUCCGAUCCUGAACAUCCCGGUUUCUCAGUUCUUCUUCUCCGUCCUUAUCGGUCUGAUCCCUUAUAACUUCAUUUGUGUGCAGACGGGUGCCAUCCUCUCGCAGAUCACGUCCCUGGAUGCCAUUUUCUCCUGGGGCACGUUGCUUAAGCUACUGGCCAUAGCCAUGGUGGCAUUGAUACCGGGGACCCUGAUUAAGCAAUUCAGCCGGACACACCUGAAAUUGGAUGAAAAGGACCAGAGUGUUCGCCUGCUCAACGGCAAAAAGAGCAUGUGAGGGACUGGGUGCAGCAGCUGUUCAGAAUGUCUGAUUGUUCAAUUAUGGGGACGGUGCAAUCGUCAGCAACUAGAUGGUGUUUUAACUUGCUGGCUGCACUGCCUCUUCUCUGCACAAGCCAGGGCAGAGGACAACUGCAGUUCUUAAAUCUUUUUAAGUCUAGGAGGAGUUGUGAUGGUCUCAUUUUAAAUGGUGCUUGUAUAAAUGUGAAUGUCUGGGUCACGGGGGAGCUGCCAAUGGGCUUCGGAAAAAUCUGUGGGUCCAUUUUCUGACCCUGGUGAAGUGGUGCCACAUUUAGUGCCAUGCUGGAGCUCCUGGCCUCCACAGGGGUUUGCCAAGUGUGUCCAGUGCCCUUGGCCUCUCUGAAGUGCUGGCAGGCACUGCUAGGUGACUGCCAUUCAUAUGGCAGUUGGUUUAAGAUGGCGGUGGUGGUAGAGUCGUGCAGGGUGAGAACUAGGCUGGCUGUAAUAAAUGAGCCACCUGUGUGCCCGCCUGCCCAGCGAAAGCAGCUCUGCUCGCCCUGGCACACGGGAUUCAGGUCUGUUCAGACAAGGCCUCCUGCAAGGCUACAGCAUGUCGCUGCCUCCUUCCUCCCCCAUCUCCGUGUGCUGUGCAGUGGGGCUUUCACUAGAGCUGAGCUAAUGCUACAGGCUCGAGGGUUAACAGGCCUCCUGCCAGGGUGAUUGUGCCCAGGGGUUUAUUGGGGAGGAUCCAUUAUUGUGCUGGAGCCCAGGCCAGACUUCCCCUUGCUUGGUCCACACAAUUCACAAGGGUUGUGCUUCCUGUUGUGCUGGAUUCAGGAGAGCACAAGUACCCUUGCUGCAUCCAUAGCUGGCCUGCUUCUUUCCUUCUGGCACAGAUUACUUCCAGGCACACCUCAGCCCCACCCUACCCAGAUCCUUUCCUGUGAUUGCUUGUUGCUCUGCAGCUCACUUUAGGAUUCCUCCCCAUGCCGUAUUCUUCAAUGUCAUUCUUUUAGUGCCUCCUAAGGAAUGGGAAUAGCUGUACUCCCGUCCCAGGGCAUCCUCAUCCCCUCUAGCCUGCCUCCAGCAGUGGCCAAUAAAUCCCCAGUAUAUCAGCAGAAGAUACAAAACCUCCUGCUGCUUCCAUAAUGCCUCAGGCCAUGUGUGCAAUUCUGUGCAUGGAAAGAGACUGCCUGCUUGAGAAAAUGGAUACACAGCUCCAGAAGUAGCCUAGAAUCAUAGAAUAUCAGAGUUGGAAGGGACCUCAAGAGGUCAUCUAGUCCAACCCCCUGCUCAAAGCAGGACCAAUUCCCAGCUAAAUCAUCCCAGCCUCACUUGGUUAUCCAGCCUGUCUGGCCCAGAGCCAGUGCUCCUGGGUUUUUUGGAGUAUAGUUUCUAAAUGCAGGAAACCAGCACUAAACCUGGUCACUGCAUAGCCAAGCCCUGUGCCUUUUACCUGCCUAUUUUUGAACAGAGGAAACCCAGCAGCAGUAUGUCCAGGGAAUUGGUCUCAGCAUCACUUGUGCCAUCCAUGUGUUUGGGGAAAUAGCAAAUCUUUCUGUCCGUGUCUAGCUCUUCAGGAGCUGUUUCCUGCUGACAAGGUUUCAUACUGAGGAAUGGACUUCUCUGUAGUGAGGCUGCAUCUGUGCCUGUACUGCCUGGGGCACAUUGUGAAUCAGCUGCUUCUUAGGCAAGAAGAUUGAAGGAAACAUAGCCCAGAAAUGCCUGGCUGCUGGAGCCCAGCUGAGUGGUGAUUUGUGUCCUUGCCUGGACUUCACACAAAGUGCCUUACCACCCAGGCAUCUGUUUACAUGUAAAUUACUGCAUCUCAAAUAAAUGGUGAUGAAACUAG